GUGAGGAGGAAAGCAGUUGUGUACGUGAGAGAGAGUCAGGAACCUGUGGUCUGGACGGGUCCAAUUGAACUAGAGACCUGCUCUACCUUCCCCCUCUACCUCCAAGGCGGGAGCUUCGGGUUCACGAGCUGUAGAUCACCAAGAUCCCUGGGAAUAAGACCUAGGGCUGGCUUCGCAACCAUGCUCCCCUCGGGGGCCACUCCUGGGACCACGGACCGUUUCACGGUGCCGGCCGAUGCGGAGGACGUGGUGCUUAAACAGCGGCCUCAAGUGGAACGUAUCUUCAGGGUGCUGCUGAGUGUCCUUGAGAAGACCUGCCCGGGGAGCCCCCACAUCUGGCUGCAGCUGGAGGGGCCCCAAAAGAACGUGGGCAGAGCCAAGGAGUACCUGAAAGGCCUUUGUAACCCGGAAGUGUGGGAGGAAGUCACCUAUCCUGCAGUCCUGCACUGUGUCUUCUUUGGAGCUGGGGGUCUCUUCCUAGAUUGCCUGUGUUGGGGUACCUCAGCUCACAUGGUGCCCCAAGCCCCAGGCUCUCUGUUACUGGGGGGCCUGAUUGAAGCCUUUGUCAUGGCCCAGAGCAGGAUGGAAGAUCUGUUAGGGCGACUGAGGCAAGAUGGUCUCCAGAGGCCACAGUCCAAGAGUGCCAGGGAACAAGUGACUCAGGCCUUCAAGGCCCUGGUUGGAAGCUAUGGGGAUGAACAAUCCAGGGCUCUCCUGGGUUUGCCGGUGUCUGUCCAGGAGUGGCUGUUAAACUUGGUAGAAGAGGCAGGUAGGGAGCAAGGGCUGCCAGAACCCCCUCUAGGGCAAGAGAGGAGCCCAGUUCUAUUUGGGAAUGGUGGUUGGGAGGACCCCGUCAGAAAGACUCUGAGUGAGGGCAGAGAAGUCAGGGAAGAUGACAUUGUCUCAUUGGGCACAAGGUCUGUUGACCAGGAAGGUAUUAGGGAAGGGGUUUAUGCUAGGGAAGAGUGUCUGCCCUCUGAUCGUGGAGAGAGAGACUGGGAAAGACUAUGGUCUGUGGGAAAGGAGGAUUCUGGGAGGAUUGGAGAACUGGUCAGGGAACAGGACCAGCAUACACAUAAUGUCUCUGGGCAAAGAAACUUGGAGAGACCAGGGAGUCCCAGGGAGGGAUUACCUGGGCAGAGGAACUGGGGAAGGGAAGGGAUCCCUGAGGAGAGAAAUUGUCCAUCUAGGGAAAGGAACUGGGGGAAGGAUGGGUUCCUUGGGGAGAAAGAUUGGAAUGGGGAUGGCUUGACUAUGGGGAGAGACUGGGGCAGAGAUGGGCACUUUGGGCAGAGGGAUUGUGGGAAAGGGGGACAUAAUAGGGAGGAGGACCAGGACAGAGUACAGUAUCUGGAAGGAAAGGGCUUAAAAAGAGAAGAGGUACCUGGUGAUGUAUCUCGAGGAGAAGGUCCCCAGAGCCAGGAUCACUUCCCAAGCCCACACUCUGUCAAGGCUGACUUCCUCCUGGGGGUGAAUCAGGCUGCAGCUGGUUCCUAUGGCCAUUGUCCUCAGGCAGUGGUGUGUGACCGGCAGUGGAGGGGCCCCCUAAUUCCCGUCCUUCAGCUCAACAAUGGAGAAUCCUCCCCACCAAUGGGGCCCAACCUUCUACCUGGGGCUCAGUCCACAUGGCUUCUUUCUCCAAAGCCCGGGAAUGCGCAUUCAGUGGGACUUAAGGGGCAGGAGCCUCCAAAGGGAAGCUUAGGUGGCACCACUGGUGGUAGCUCUGAGGUGACCAAAACCCAGCGCUUUCUGGAGGCCCUGAAGACCCCGUUUUCUUUGAACCUCACUAAUGUGCCUGGUGCAACAGAUCUUCGACAUGUUAUCAUCGAUGGCAGCAAUAUAGCUAUGAUCCAUGGCCUCCAGCAUUUCUUCUCCUGCCGGGGCAUAGCCUUAGCUGUGCAGUAUUUCUGGGAUCGGGGGCACCGGGACAUCACUGUCUUUGUGCCUCAGUGGCGCCUUAGGAAGGAUGCCAAGGUGAAAGAACGUCAUUUCCUGACUAAACUACAGUCCCUCCGCCUGCUUUCUGUCACCCCCUCUCGAAUUGUGGAAGGGAAGAGGAUUACCUCCUAUGAUGACAGGUUCAUGGUGAAGCUGGCAGAAGAAACUGAUGGCAUCAUCGUUUCCAACGACCAGUUCCGGGACUUGUCAGAGGAAUCUGUGAAAUGGGCAGAAAUCAUCAGAGAGCGUCUGCUGCCUUGCACUUUUGUGGGGAACAUCUUCAUGGUCCCAGAUGAUCCACUGGGGCGUGAGGGCCCCACCCUGGAUGAGUUCCUCAAGAAACCAAAUGGGCCGCAGGCUUCGAGAGGUCGCUCAACUGGUCGCGGAGGGCCUCCCCAUAGUCGACCUUCCCGACCCAGCUCCAGGGCCCGAUCCCAGGUUCGAUCCGGAACCCACCCUCGACCUCUACCUCGACCUCGAUCUCAGCCUCGACCUCAUACCAGAGGCCUGACAGAAUCUGACAUUCAGCCAAAGCAGCCAGAGCAAAAGGAGGAAGAUGAGAGAAUUAGUGGCUUACGAAGGGCAAGAGAGACUGAGCAGCUCCGGCACAAGCUUCUGGAGGUGUUUUGGGGACAGGACCAUAAGGUGGACUUCAUCCUACAGCGGAACCCCUCUAAUAGGGACCUCAACCAGCUGUCAGAUGCCCUGCUCAGUCUGAACUUCUGAGUCCUUCAAUGAAUGGGGGUUGCCAGUGAAGUGCAUCCUGGUGACCUGGACAACUGGGUCCUGCUUCUGACUUAAGAGUGAGAUCUGGGGAAUCAUGGGCAAAGUGGUGAAGCAGGAAGCAGGGGCUGCUUUUCCCCUUGGGACUGUCUGGCCCCAGAUGGUUGGGAGGCCUGGAUCAUUCCUUGGCUAACUUGGUUCCCAGGAACACUAGAGGAGUACUAGAUGCUGCCAUACCCUGGAAGUCUUGGUGUUAUGUGAGAGAUUACACGUGGACAUGGCAGGGAGGUAGUGAAAAGUGCACUCAUCUAGGAAUCAGGAUACUUGGGUUCUAGGCCUGGGUUUAGUACCCUUGGCAAAGGAGUACUCAGCUACCUUUAGGCGAAACCUAAACUUUUAUUUCUCCAUCUAUAAGAUGGAAGUAAAAAUACCUGAUGAGGAGAAAGGCCCUGGAGCUCUACCAGUUUCCAGGCAUGCUUAUCUGCCAGUUCACAGGGUUCAUUUCACUUUAGGUGAAACUCUUUGGUAUCCAAGUGGGUCCCAAGCAGAUCUUAGUGUCAGAAGUCCCAAACUGUUUCCAUUUUAGACAACCCCCAAUCCAAAUGUAUCUUAUAGUUACAUUUGGGCUGAUGUGUGAUAAUUAAGUUUACAAAAAUAUUUUCAGGGUUCAUUAAAAAAGGCAGCUUCUGUCUAGGGUAUUUGCUUCUUGAUCCUUAACUACAACUUGACAGUGUGGUUGUGGCUCAACUUGCAGAAGUAUCGGGGAGCCACAAUCAGUUGAAUGAUAAUAAAAUUUCUCUGAAAUGAUCACAGGUUAUCAUUUGACUUACUAAAAUCCACAAGUAGGAACACACCUCUUACUCUGUACGAGGGGUGUGUGUAAUGAUGGUGUAUGUGCAUAAACAAUAGGGAUGGUCACCUGAUUGUAAUCUAUUUACCUGAAAGAGUGGAGGAAGCUGGUUAGCAAAUGACUAAUGUCUUUGGGGAAUGGAGGACUAGAAAGGAUAGCAACAUAGACUGGGAAUCAGAAGUUCAUGUUUUAUUCCCAUCCCUACCUUGGAGAUCCUUUCUUGGCUUAUCUCAACAUUUUAUUCUCAUGGACUCCCCCAAGUCCCUUCUAGCUCCCUCAAGUCCUCACCCAUACUAGCAUGGGUGUUUCAGGCUCCUUCAGGGGAGUUGUAACUAGGAAUAGGGUUACUGGGAUCUAAGACUCCAGUCUUCAGAAUCUGUCCUGUGAAUGGGGUUUUGCAUGGGAUGAGACAUCAUUGAAUGCCUAUCAAAAGGUCCACUGGGGAAAAAGAGAUUUUGUUUAGUAUUUGGGGAGGGAAGCUGAUACUUGGAGUGUGGCUGGUAGCAGGAUAAGGACCAUAAAUAAAAUUUCAAGCCAUGCUUGUUUGUUUAUAAGGUCAUUGAGGCUUGUUUCUAAACCAUAGUUGGGUUGACAUGUUUCCUUAAACUACAGAAUGUCUCAGUGUGUUUUGUUGAGGCUUGGCCUAUGAAUGUAUCCUUGCCUAUUAUUUGGGACCAACAUGAGCAGACUGGCUCUAACUCAGGUGCUAAGGACCCUGGGAAACUGGAUUGAUUGUAAUGCUGCACCAGGUACCUGGGUCAGCUCUUGGUUUCUCUGACCCUUUUUGGGAAAUCUUGAGCUCCUUACAAACUAAUAUUACCCAUUUAAGGUCUAGAUAGCUUGGCAGCCUCGAUGCUUUUAUACAUUAAAAAAAAAGUUUUAUUGUUUGUGUAAUUUUUACAAAAUAAAGUGUCUUUAUCACUACCCUGCUAAGGGCUGGGCUGUAA